GGGUCGUGUGGUAUAUUUCAUAGAUAAAUCCGCGGUAGUGCCAAACGCUUUUUAAACAUUUUUUAAACAAUAUUUAAUUGGAAACGAGCUGUUGGCGAUUAACUAGGAAUGCCAAUGACAUAAUGGAUCCCAUUAUUUUCGGUGUUUUAACUAUCAGUGACACCUGUUACAACGACCGCUCGAGGGAUCGCAGCGGUCCGCGUUUGGUGUCCCAGAUUAUGCAGACGUUUAGGAAUGCCCAGGUAAUCACCAGCGUUGUGCCCGACGAAAAACACCUCAUACAGGGCGAGCUGCGCCAGUGGAUCGAUCGGAAGGAUGUUGGCGUCAUCUUCACCACGGGCGGCACAGGUCUGGCCCCACGCGAUGUGACGCCCGAGGCCACCAAGCCGCUGCUCGACAAGGAGUGCCCACAGUUGAUGAUGGCCAUAGCUCUCGCAUCGCUGAAGAAAACCGCCUUUGCGGCUCUGUCGCGUGGAAUCUGUGGCAUCGCUGGCGAUACGCUGAUCAUGAACUUUCCCGGCAGUGAGAAGGCGGUGGCCGAGUGCUUUGGCACUGUGAAGGAUCUACUGCCCCAUGCCCUCCAUCUGAUCAAUGACGACCUGGCCCUGGUGCAGCGCACCCAUGCCCAAGUGCAGGGCACAGAGACGGUGCAGGCCCAGAUUCACGUCUGCCCGCACAAGACAGGAUCUGGCGAUGGCAGGGAUCGCAACUCGCCGUUUCCCAUGCUCCCCGUCUCGGCGGUCUUGGACAUCAUAUUCGGAGUGGUGCAUCGCCGCAGCAGCUUGGACGAUGACAUCUGGAAGACGACCUCGCCAGUGAAUAUUCCACCGUUUCGGGCCUCCAUCAAGGAUGGCUAUGCCAUGAAAUCGACCGGCUUCUCCGGCAGCAAGCGUGUCGUGGGCUUCAUAGCCGCCGGUGAUGCGCCCAGCGCCCAACCAUUGGAAGAGGAUGAAUGCUUCAAGAUCAACACGGGCGCCCCACUGCCCGACCAAGCGGACUGUGUGGUCCAGGUGGAAGACACACUUUUGGUUAGUCGCGACAAAAACGGAGACGAGAGUCUGGUAGAGAUAAUGGUGGAGCCCCAGGCGGAAUUGGAUGUGCGUCCCAUUGGUCACGAUUUGCGCGUCAAUGAUGCCAUUUUCCCCACUGCGGACGCUUCAUCCGUUGUCAUUCAGUCGCUGCUGGCAUCUGUGGGCAAUUCCAAGCGCUUGCCCAAGCCCAAGGUGGCUGUCAUCUCCACGGGCAGCGAGCUGCUCGCUCCGGGAGCGCAGCCUGUUCCCGGCAAAGUCUACGACUCCAAUGCCACGAUGCUGGAGGAGCUCUUGCUCUACUUUGGCUUCGAUUGCGUGCGCACCGUUGUGGUGAGCGACAACUUGGCGGACACAAAGGCCUCUCUUGUCACUCUGUUUGAGAAGGUGGAAUUUGUCAUCUCCACUGGCGGCGUCUCAAUGGGCGACAAGGACUUUAUAAAGACAGCGCUGGAAGAGCUUCAAUUUAAGAUCCACUGCGGCCGGGUCAACAUGAAGCCAGGCAAACCCAUGACCUUUGCCAGCAAGGACAACAUGUAUUUCUUUGGUCUGCCGGGCAAUCCCGUCUCUGCCUUUGUCACAUUCCAUUUGUUUGCGCUGCCAGCCAUCCGCUGGUCCGCCGGCUGGGAGCGCACAAAGUGUCCCCUGGCGACCAUUCAAGUGAAGCUGGCGCAAGACCUCAGCUUGGAUCCACGUCCAGAGUAUGUGCGUGCUUCGGUGACCUCCAAAAAUGGUCAACUCUAUGCCAGCGUCAAUGGGAAUCAGAUCAGCAGCCGUUUGCAGAGCAUUGCUGGUGCCGAUGUGCUCGUCCAUCUGCCAGCACGCAGCUCCGAGUGUUGCAAGGCAAGUGCCGGCGAGUCCUAUACCGCCUCAGUGCUGCGCUAUGACUUCAUAUCCAAGUAUGAGUAGGUGCCCCAAGCACACACACGCAUCACAAAAGAAUUCCUAAACCAAUCGAAUGUUUUAGAUUAGCACAAAGAUUUAUUUUUCAUAACUCGCGCGCAUCGUUGUCAGUGCUUUUUGUUGUCAUUUUGUUUGUUUCUUGUGCACCGUCAGAUUGUAUGCAUAAACGAGUAUAAAACAUAAAA